AUGUUGCCCUCCUCCCGGACCCAGCUGGGGCUGUUCUUCAUCCUCCUCUGCCCCGCCAACAUCAUCGGCCUCUGGUGCGUCCCGGAAGAGGCCCCUGCUCCUCGAGCGCUCAUUCACCUCGGCCUCGUCUCCAUCCAGCAGGCAGGUGUCGGGAAGGACCUGCCUGCCGACACCCAUAUCCGGGAGACGGCCUUCGUGUACGCCAUCACGGCGGCCGGGGUGAGCCACGCCAUCACGCAGGCCUGCAGCAUGGGCGAACUGCUGCAGUCCUCCCUUUGGACACUGUGGGUCCAAGGGUCCUUGAAGCCAUACCCUAGUCUCCUGGAUUUGGGAAGACUCUUCCUCCUCAUCCAUCUGUCCUAUGUGGUCCUCUAUCUCAUCUCCAGACACCUCUCCAAUGAAAUCCUGGGCCUGAAGCUGCCAUCGGAGCCAGUGCUGAAUGCCAACACGGUGUGCCUGACCCUGCCGGGGCUGACGCGGCGGCAGCUGGGGGGGUGUGGGCGCCACCCCGACGUGACAGCCUCGGCCAUCCAGGGCAUCCAGAUUGCCAUCCACGAGUGCCAGCACCAGUUCAGGGACCAGCGCUGGAACUGCUCCAGCCUCGAGACGAAGAACAAGAUCCCCUACGAGAGCAUCAUCUUCAGCAGAGGUAAGCGCCAGUCAGCCUCAUUCCUCUUCCUCUUCCUCUGCUCAGCUGCCACUCUCUGUGCCCUGGGCAAGCGUGGGGCGUGCGGCGGUGACCAGAAGCGCCGGGGCGACGAGGAGGCUUUUCGCCGCAAGCUGCAUCGUCUCCAGCUGGAGGCCAUGAACCGGGGCAAAGGCAUGGUGCACGGGGUGCACAUGGAGCACAUGCCGGCCGAGACGCCCGGCCUCCAGGACUCCUGGGAGUGGGGAGGGUGCAGCCCCGAUGUGGACUAUGGGGAGAAGUUUUCCAAGGAUUUCCUCGAUUCCCGGGAAACCUACAGGGACAUCCACUCGCGCAUGAGGCUGCACAACAACCGCGUGGGCCGGCAGGUGGUGAUGGACAACAUGCGGAGGAAGUGCAAGUGCCACGGCACCUCGGGGAGCUGCCAGCUGAAGACCUGCUGGCAGGUGACACCUGAGUUUCGCCUCGUGGGAUCCCUGCUCAAGGACCGCUUCUACGGGGCCACCCUCAUCCGGCCCCACAACCGCAACGCGGGGCAGCUGGAGCCGGGCCACGCU